GCCUUCUUGAUACCUGAAAUAAAUGUUGCUGUAGCCACCUUUAUGAAAAGUAUUGAUAUUGAAGAAUUUGUUAAAAAUUGUUCAGAAAACAAGAGAGUUAAAGAAUUCAAAAUGACUGCCAAGCUUCUUGAACUGACACAGAGCAUCAAGGCUGAAAACAUACCGGACAACGUUACCACAGACUACAUCACAGUAUACUUUGAGAGCGUGCGGAAUGGAGGAGGGCCUGUGUCAGACGUCCAGCUCUUCCCUGAGGAGAACUCGGCCAUCAUUACUUUCUGUGAUCACAAAGAUCUAAACACUGUCUUGAAAAAGCAGCAUUUGCUGGAACAGAGACAGAUUUCUGUGCAUCCAUAUUACCACUCCCUGGGAACAGCUCUGUACGGAGAAGAAAGACCAACUAUCAAGAUGCCGGACCCCGUUGGGGUGCCACUAGAUCCAUAUAUCUGGCAGUUUUUACAAAGGCAGGCUGAAUUGAUCCAAGACAUAAACCAAGAAAUGGCAAUUUGCCAUUGUGAGCUAAAAUGGCCCCAGACAGACUGUGCACACCCAGAAAUUGUGUUGUGCCCAUCAUCAUCUCUCUCUGAGAAGAAAAAGCCAAUGAUUAAGUUGAUCAAGACAUGGAAGCAAGAUGCUUCUAGUGAAUUCUCACGUAUCAUGGCACGUUAUGUAGCUAUAAAAUGUAAAGUAAAUUCAGUGGGUUGGGAAGAUGUGAAAAACAGAUUGGUGAAGGAUGUUGCUCUGAUUGUAACUGAUAUUUCUGAGGAGAUGGUGGUGAUUGCUGGCAACAGAGCAGCGGUGGACAAUGCAGAGAAAGAAGUGAGGGAAUGCAUGGAAAAAGCCAUGAAGCAAAGUGAAAGGGAAAAACAAAGCAUAGAAAUUUCAGUGUCAGUGAUCCCAGGGAAGUAUGCUGUUCUGCACAAUGCUGGGCUGGAAGAGAAUAUUCACAAAGAAUAUCCGUGCUUAAAGAUCUCUUAUGAUGACAUAAAAAAAACUGUUCAGUUGUGUGGAUUACCUGCAGAAGUAUAUAAAAUCAAAGCUGACUUACUGGAAAGGGUAUUGAAUAUGCCAUUUACAUCAGUUACCGUUGAUCCUCAUGUUUUCCAGUAUCUACGGCACGUAGAUAAUAAAACAAUGUCAGAGACAUUAUUCACUAGGAAAAAAAUUAAUUCUUUUUAUGAGCUUGAGGAUGGUACUGUGUUGCUAUUUGGAGAUGCUACCAAAGAUCUUUUAGAAGCAGAAAAACAAAUAAAGACAGGCUUAGAAUCAGCGUGCAUCAACGUGGAGGAUGGUGAAGUCAUUAAAAAAGAGCAGUGGAGGAGUCUUGUUGCUUCCUUGCUUAAGAGGUACAAUUCUUCGCAGGAAACGGUGCUCAUUAAUCAGCCUGUUGGAAAAGAAAAUAAAGUGAUUAUUGCUGGCUUUUCUACAGCUGUAACAGAAGUUUAUCAGAAACUUAAUGAUUUUAUAGAUAGAAACACACAUGUGGAAGAUGUAAUCCCAGCUAAGUCGGUGGUGGUAGUGAAGUUUGUAGAGAAGGAAAAAUCCAGUGUUUAUCUCGAAUUGAGGAAGAAAGGUGUGACAGUAAGUUUUGACACCAAGACACCAUGUAUUUCCCUGAGUGGACCAAGGGCAGAAGUGCCAAAAGCAGUCAUCACGUUUGAAAAAGUUCUCUCAUCCCUUUACUCAAAAAAUGUGCCAAUUGAUAAACCAGGAGCCAAAGAGUUCUUCACUGAGAGGAAAGAAUCGUGUGUUUUUGAGGCAAGGCAGAAAUUUAGCUGUUUGAUUAGGCUGAAAGAAGAAGAAGAACAAUAUAAGGAUGAAAGGUUUGGUAAUAAAGACAGAAAAAAGCUCUGCUACAAGAGAAUGCUGCCAGAUGGAGUUUUAGUAGCAGUGUAUAAAGCUGACUUGUGCGCUUAUCCUGUUGAUGUUGUGGUAAAUGCUUCUAAUGAAGACUUAAAGCCCAUCGGUGGCCUUGCUGAGGCACUGUUAAAAGCAGCUGGUCCAGAGCUGCAACAGGAGUGCGAUGAGCUGGUGAGGAAAAACGGGACUUUGCUGCCUGGGUGUGCAGUUAUCACAGGUGCUGGGAAACUCCCCUGCAAGAAUGUCAUUCACGCUGUUGGGCCCAGGUGGAGGGAGGAUGAAGCAGAAAGGUGCGUGUUCUUGUUAAGAAAGACAGUGAAGAAAAGUCUGCAGCUCGCUGAAACAUACAAUCAUCAUUCCAUAGCUCUGCCUGUUAUAAGUGGAGGGAGUUUUGACUUCCCGCUGCAGAUGUAUGCAGAUUCAAUUGUAUCCUCCAUCAAGGAGACCUUGGAAGAGUCCAUGGGGGACAGCAGCUUGAAGGAGGUUCAUCUUGUGGAUGUUGCAGAAGAAACAGUUCAGGUUCUGAGCAAGACAGUGAAAAACAUGUUUACAGUUGAAUCUUCCUCCCCGAUACUGCUGACAUCACACUCGGAAAACUGUAAGGCGACAGAAAGCCAGGAUAAGAGAAAAGAAGAUCUGCAGGUGGUUACAACAAAAGAAGGACUUCGCAUCCAAGUAGAGGUGAAAAACAUUCAGGAAACCAUGACGGAUGUUAUCGUCAACACUGUUGGCACAGAUCUGAUGUUUGGUGUGGGCCUUCUUUGCAAAGCGUUGCUAGAAAAGGCUGGAGAGGCGCUCCAAGUAGAGUUUGAGAAUGCAAAACAAAACCAGGUUGCUGGUCCAGGGAGUGUGCUCUGCACCAGUGGAUAUGAUCUGGCCUGCAAGUUUGUAUUUCAUGCCAUAAUGCCCAUGUGGGAUGGAGGAAAAGGACAGACCCUGAAGACCCUGGAAGGUAUAAUCAGUUCCUGCUUGAAGAAGACUGAAGAACUGGGACUGAAAUCGAUCACUUUCCCAGCUAUUGGAACUGGAGGAUUUAGAUUUCCUAAAACUGUUGUUUCUAAGUUAAUGUUUGAUACGGUAUUCAAGUUCAGUAGUAGUCACACUUGUAAGACUCUCCAAGAAGUUAAUUUUCUCUUGAAUCCAGAAGAUUUGGAUAACAUCCAGGUAGCCUUUAACUUUGAACUAGAAGAUAGGGUACCUGAAAGUUGCAGUGCUGCAGCACCACGGUCAGGUUUCAUUACGCGUGUUACAGCUGCAGCAUUGGGAGUUCAUGAAAUGAAGAUUGGUUCCAUUACACUCCAAGUAAUUAGUGGAGAUAUUACCAAGGAAGAUACAGAGGUUAUAGUAAACAUAUCAAAUCCAACAUUUAAUGCCACAACAGGGGUCUUCAAAGCAAUUAUGAAUGCUGCUGGUUCCCAGGUAGAAGAAGAAUGUGCUCAAUAUGCUGGGCAGUCUCAGAAAGGCUUUAUUACUACACAAGGUGGAAAACUGUUGUGCAGUAAAAUCAUCCACUUGGUUCACAGUAACAAUGUGAAGAGUCAGGUCUCCAAAGUGCUUAACGAGUGUGAGCUAAAGAUGUACAAAUCUGUUGCCUUCCCGGCAAUUGGAACAGGUCGAGCAGGACAGAGUCCAGCAAAGGUAGCUGAUGACAUGUUGGAUGCUGUAGUGGAAUUUGCAAGCAAAAGAUCAGUACAGCAUUUGAAAAAAAUUAAAAUCGUCAUCUUCCAGACAAAUAUGCUCAAAGACUUUUAUGAAAGCAUGAAGAAAAGAGAAGAUUCAUGUUCAGCCACAACAGAUUCAUGGAUGUCUCUGCUUAAAUCAUUUUUUUGGCGCAAACCCCAACGCACUGAGAAGAAAAAGCCUGUGGUUUUGGAGAAGAAAGUUGAUUUAGCCACGUUUCAAAUUUGUGGAGAAAGCCAAAAAAAUGUGGAUGCAGCUGAGUCCUGGAUAAAGAAUUUAAUUUUAAAGGAACAGUUUGAAAACAGUAUUUCAGAUGAGCUAAUUGAAAAUUUUGAUGAGCGGCAAAUUGGCACUUUGGCAGAUCUCCAGAGAAGAAAGCAUGUUACCAUUCAGCUUGACAAUAAACUUUCCCCACCUUGCAUUAAAAUUUCUGGUAUUACCAGGGACGUCUAUUUUGUUUCUGUGGAAAUUCAAAAAAUGAUCCAAAAAAUUAAGAAUACCGAAGAAGAACAAUCCAAGGCAGAACUUGUUUAUAACCUGGUAGAAUGGAGGUAUCCAAGAAGCAGUGAUAGCUUUGUUGCUUUUGAUAAACUGACAAAUAUGCAGCUGGAGGAUGCUAAAAUGGCUAAAAAAACAUAUCUUACUGUCAAAAUUAACAAGAAAAACUACAGAGUGAAUCUGAAUACUUUAAAGGCUAGUGAUGAACAAGGAAAAACUAUAACCAUUCAACGUGUGCCAAAGAAUGAAGAAAAGCUGUCAAUAGAGUUCCCUGCGCAGUGGGAAGACAUGGAAAAUGAACACAUCAAGCUGGUGAAUCUCAACACAUCAUGUCAGGAAUACGUGGAUGUUCAGAACAAAUUUAAGAAAACCUGUCACAGCUUUGUCAUAGAGAAGAUUGAAAGAAUACAAAAUCUCUUCCUCUGGCAGACAUACCAAAUAAAAAAAACCUCUCUCUGUACAAAGAACAAAAAUCAAGAUAUUGAGAAGUUGCUAUUUCAUGGGACAUCUGCAUCCUCAUUGACUACGAUCAACUGCAGUGGAUUUAAUCGUGGGUUUGCUGGAAAGAAUGCUGCAGUCAUUGGAAAUGGAACCUACUUUGCUGUUGAUGCAAGUUACUCUGCUCAGGAUACUUACGCCAUACCGGAUAUGAACGGCAGAAAAUACAUGUACUUGGCUCGGGUCCUCACUGGGCAGUACUGUGUUGGGAGGCAAGGACUAAUCACUCCACCACCAAAAAACCCAGCAGAUCCUACUGACCUGUAUGACAGUGUGGUUGAUGAUGUGACUAAUCCAACAAUGUUUGUCAUAUUUAAUGACAUUCAGGCAUAUCCUCAGUACCUUAUUACUUUUACAUAGAAUAUUCUUAGUAAUCUGGAAAAUUUUAGUGCCUUUUACAUGUGGAAAAUAAUGGGGCAAUUCUUGUUUACAUCUAGGUUUCUUAAACUAAUUAGUUAUUUAUCUAUCCAUGUGUUUAAUUAUGUCUUCAAUUCACAACCACAACCAGGCUAGGAUAAGCAAAUAUUUUAGAACACACUAUUUCAAUACUUGCAUUUCAAAUUCAGUUAUGUGGAGGUGUCAGCAAGAACUGUGAGAAUAGCCCAGACCUCUUCCUAUGAAAGGCAGAGGGGACUGGUACAGGAGGCCUGUGGCCUGAAGUUAGAGGUAUAGGGUAGGUCGGUGCACCUGUGCAUGUUCCUGUUUCCAGUAUUCCCCAUAUAAGCACCAAGGGAGUGGCUGCCUGUGAGGAUUCAUUUAAAAUACUCACCAGCAGAGUUUUCAGUCAUUCCCAGGCAUCCACUCACCCUUGUUGGUGAAGAAAAAAAAUGCAACAUUGAAUAUACACUUUGCAUUCAUUGUUUCACCCCCUCUUAUGCUGUUGUGGCAUGCUUUGUUAUUCCCUAGGUAUAAAUUUCUGUAUUUAUACACAGUUCCUAGGGACAUUCUCUAUGGUCCCCUGCAUUAUGUACAUCCAACUUCCACCUACAAAGUCAUUGCUUCUGGAGUUCUCAAGACAGUAAUAAAGAAACUUUUAGUUUCUUCUAGUCAGUACCAAAACAUUAACCCUUCCUCAGAAUUACCAGUUUGCAGAGAGUCAUCUAUCUACAGGGGCAUAACUCAGUUACCACAUUUAAACAAUCUGAAUUUAAUCUGAAUUUUUUUUAAAGUUCUGUAAAACAAUUAAAUAAUUUGUACAUAUUUUUAAGCUGUAUGAUUAAUUAUAAUGAUCAUCUUACAACUGCCAAUUAAAAGCCAUUUACACAUGCUUUUAAUAAAAGUGGUUUCAAACA